GCUGCUCCUUUAAGAGCUCCGAGGCGCUCGGGGAGGAAAUAGGAAGUGUUAUAAAGACUUUAGCACAAAGAAACAAAAACGAAAGCAGUUCUUGAGAAAUGGCGGGGAUAAAAGCUCUGGUUGGUUUGUCCUUCAGUGGUGCUCUCGGACUGACCUUCCUGCUGUUGGGAUGUGCGUUGGAGCAGUUUGGGGUUUACUGGCCACUCUUUGUCCUGAUUUUCUACAUCCUGUCACCGCUGCCACACUUCAUAGCCUGCAGGUGUGGAGAUGACACUGAUUCCUCCAGCAAUGCAUGCAGGGAGCUUGCCCUCUUCCUGACCACCGGCAUCGUCAUAUCGGCGUUCGGGCUGCCCAUCAUACUGGCACGGAAAGCAGUGAUUUACUGGGGAGCCUGCGGCCUGGUGAUGGCAGGCAAUGCCGUCAUCUUCCUCACCAUUCUUGGUUUCUUUCUGAUUUUCGGCGGUGGAGAUGAUUUCAGCUGGGAGCAGUGGUAGAAGCCAGUGAUGACGGUGCCAGAUUGAGGGUAAAACCUCAUCUCUACUGGUCUGGAAACGCAGGAGGGAGGAAGGGAAGGGGAGGAAGGGGGGAUGUGCAAUAGAGGAGCACUAAGGCCAAACUCCACUAAUCACAAUAACGGGUUACUUUGGCAGUACUGUUGAGGAAGAGGGGUAGGGGUCACCAAAUCUUGGGGGUAUGGACAUGGACUGAGACGAAUGAGCAGGAACUAUGGCACCCCCCCCCCGAGAGUUCCCCUGAACUGUGGACUCUCACUUUAAAUCAAUAGCCGUCUCACUCAGUCAUGUCUCCUCUCGUUUCUAACUCUAGUUCCACACUUUCAGUAGGGCUUAAUGUGCAGCCCAUAGCUCAGCGCACACAAUAAGCGUUCACCACAAGCCACAUUACUGACGUGUUUGCGUUAUUUCUCUUAUAAUUCCAGCAGUUACGUAGGUUCUGUGACGGUCGUCUAAGGAGGUGCGACAGUGAGCUAAAUAUUUCUGGUAAAUUCCAAAGAUCUCCUGGGAAACUGUAGAACUUGGCAAGCUUCAAGGUUGAAUACAAACAAAAAAGCAUAACAGAGCUUUGUGUGAAGACAAAGCUUCAGCCAUAUUGCAACAUAUCAGCCGAAAAAACAUUCUCCAAAACCUCACUGCGGCCUUGACCGCAUGGGUUUGUUUUGCAUGAUGCUACCGCCUGGUGUGAUUCAUCGUUGCUCUUUCGUUAUAAAGAACCCUUUCUGACUCUUUAAAUCGGACAUGUUGGCCUAACAAAGUCCUUCUUAUUCCAGCUGACUGAGUAUUCUACACUCAACAAUACUCCAUUUCAGCUCUGACUUUUCUAGGACGCACAGUCUGGCUUGAAGUUUGUAGUUACUCUGAUUCAUAUUUAAAUUUUAGGUCGCUGAAACUAAGCCAAGGUUAUUGCUGCCUUUUUGUCCAUAAUCCUCAGUGGCGUUUGUCUUUCAGUACAGCUGUCCUUCCCUAAAAAUCCAUCAGCUGAAGCGACCAACUUUGGUGGAUGGCUUUAAACAGCUUUAAAUGGAAGUCAUCUGACAUUAUUCCACAUUUUCUUAUUUGGCCAACUUUCAGAUGUCCAUAUUCUUUGAUUUUUCUACCUGCCAUGUCUCUCCAGGCUGUUUAAAUAACACGGACAUGUUCUGUCCUCGCCACCUUUCUUUCUUUGUUGGUCCAACCAUGUUGUCACCUCAAAAUGGUCUACAGCGUCCUUUAUCUCCUAGAGAUAUGAGCUUAUUCUGUGUCCUUUUAUCUAGAAACUGGAGCGCCACCACUGCUAAUGUGGAAAAUGUCACACAUUGUAAAACCUAUCGCACAAUUUUGACUGGGCCAAUAAGAUUAGCCAAGGUAGAUGUAUAUAUACAUAUAUAUAUGCGCUCAUUCCUAUGUCCAUACUCCCUGCCCCCCCUUCUCUUUUCCUAACAGUGUUACUUGGUCGAGCCAUUUUAUCAACCCAGCAAUGUUUGUCAUUGUCAACGUAUCAUCACGUUGAUCCCUCUCACCAUUUUAGGCCUUGACGUUCUCGAAUCCGUGUUUACAUAAGCAUUACCAAAGCACACCCCUUCCAAUCCUUCCUCUUUCAUCAUUCCCAACUUAAUACAAACCAUGAUUUACUCCUACAGUAAGCACCUAAAGGCUAACAGGGCUGGUGGGGGGCACGCCAAUUCAGAGAGGAGCCGUGCCGUCAUUAAAUGUGUGUUGGGUGUUGGUUUCUAUUGCCAAACCGGUCUUUUCUGUGUAUUAUAAGGAUGGAAGUUUAUUUUAUUUUGUCCAUCCCCUCCAAACUGACACAAUUCUAUAGCUAUAUAUAUAUGAAGACACUUUCUCUGGGGAAGUACCUAUGCAACUCAGAAUACACUUAUAUUUUUGUAGCUCUGAUUUCACCUGGAUCUCGUCUGGCUCAUUCUGUCCUGAUUUCACGUUUCGUACUACUGGUAGUUAUUGGUGUUUCGAAACACACGCAGUUCAUAACAGACAUGAUCAGUUUUAAUCCACUGUGUAGUUGUUUCUUCUUCACUCAUUUCCACAGGAUUGCAUCAGUAGUUUUCAGAUUAACUGCGUAGCUUCAUGCGCUUAUUACAAGCAUUUGCGAAAAACCUUUCAUUUGAUUUUGUACAUACUGUUAUGAAAUAAAGCACCUUGUAUUUAAA